AUGAGUGAAAUAUCACCAGCUAAAGUCGCAUCACCACUACCGAUUGGUUCUUCGGUGAAUUCAACCCCAGUUAUACAACAGAAUACUAUAGAGGCUUCAUCAAAUGCCAAAAAUGCUGGAAGUACAAAAAAUACAUUAUCAAAGAGAAUAGAAGUUGAAACAUUGGUGAAAGAUUUCAAAAAGAAAAUGGGUAAUAACUGGGAUAAAUAUCAAACUACAAUUAGUGCAUUUCUUAUAGGGAGACUCUCUAGGGGUGAACUUACGGCUGUCCUGUCAGAAUUAUUGACAGAUUCUAAAUUGGUCCGUAUGCAUAAUCAAUUAUUAUUGGCAAAUCUUGCAAACGCUCUUAGAGACGGUCCAAAUUCAGCAUCUGCAAAUUCAGGAUUUGGUGGUAUUGGGUCAAAUAAAAGAAAGAAAGAUGGUCGUGUUAAGGCUUCAAGUCAGUAUGAAAAACUGAAAAAAGAUAUAAUGAAUUUACCAAUAAGAGAAAGACGUCGUAUAAAGACUAUUACCAGAGAAUCUGGUAAAAGACAAAUGGCAAAUUCUGCUUUAACUUUAACAAGACAAUCUUUGCUUCCCAAAAUUCCAUAUGUUAAUGAUAAAGAUAAAAAUUUAACAGGGAACACUGUUGAAUGGACUCAAGAUAUUAGUCAUGGAAUACAGACUUUAUUAUCCACUGAAACUUAUUCUCUUCCAGAUCAUGAAAAUCUAAGAAGUAGGAUGCUUGGUAUUGCUAGAGAACAUGGUUUAACAGGUACAGUUGAUAAAGGGGCUGUUGAUUUGGUAUAUAUCGGAUUAGAAAAUUAUUUGAAAGGGAUUGUGGAACAAGCUAUAGAUACUGUUCGUUAUAGAAAACAAAAAUAUGCUUCAGAUGAUAUCAUAGGCAAUACACAACCAAGAGAACAAAAUAGAAAAAGACAAAAAGUCACUUUAACCAAUGAAGAUAUGGUUGAUACAUUUGAACUUUUCCCAUAUCUGGUUGAACCAAGUGGACCAAUUUACAGAUUGAAUGGUGUUCAAUUGAAUGACGAUACUUACGUGGAGGAGAAAACUGCCAUAGAUUCAAUCUUAAAACCAAGAGAAGAAGUUUUCAAAACUUUGAAAUUGAAUGGUAAUGAUUCCAAAACUGAAAAUUCAACUUCAUCUCCAUUAAUACAGCAAAAGACAAUAGGAGGGGAUACUAAUGAACCUAAAAUAAAGAGUGAGAUAGGCGAAACCAAUAACUUGAUUAAUGGCGAUAAAUCUUUAUCAAAUAAUAACAGUCCAUUAAUUAAUGGGAAAACAAUCGGUGCUGGUAUUUCAAAUGAUGCAAAUAUUGGUACAAAAGAUGAAUUAAACUGGCUUAUCCAUGAUAUUCUUUCGACACAUUAG